AUAAAUUUUAAUCAAUCAUCUACUUGUUUAAGAUUAUUACCAGAUUUGACAGAUAUCAUAUAUCAAUAUUUAGAAAAUAAAAAUAUUAUUAAUUCAACAGUAUUCAUUGAUCUUCAACAAUGGAUAAUAACAAUUUUAAAAUCAAUAAAACAACCAUUGAAACAAGAUAUUUAUUUUCUCUUCAAAUAUUUAGAUAAAUUAAGUGAUCAAUUGUCUUUAACAAUGAAACAAUUUCUAUUCGAUGAAUUAAUUGAUAUAUUUCUUCGAAUGGAACAACGAAAUAGACAAUAUUUUGACAUAUGGGAUCGUUUGGAUAUAAUUUCACAUUUAAUUGAAUGUACAUCAAAUGUUGAUCUUUUUCAAAAUUAUAAAAUACCGUAUCAUCCAUCAAUACUAUCGAAUAAUAAUGAUUUACAAUUACGACCAAUAUUAUUUGAUUUAUAUUUUUUUCAUCUUCGACAUCAAAUAGUUAAUGAAACUAUUACAACAAAUCUUAUUAAUAAAGGAAUACUAUUAAGAUUACCAAAAAUUCAUAAUAGAAAUUUAAAAUCUAUUGUAGAAUAUAUUUUCAAACAAUUAAAAGAUUAUUUUCUAGUUAGACUGACUGCAUUAUUAUUAUGUGAAAUAAAUAUGAAUUUUUAUAUAUUGAAUGAUGUAAAUUCUAUUAUAUCAACAAUUAUCAAUGAAUAUUUAUCAAUUGAUCAACAAUCAAUAAAAUUUAAUGACUAUCUUCAACUAUUUCUAUCUACAAUUAUAUCACAAAAAUCAUGGAAUUUUCUUUUAAAUUUAUUAAAAUCUGAAAUUUUUCAAUAUUUAAAUAAUGAAUGGUCGAUAACUUUAUAUUGUUUACUUGAAUUAAAACAAAUACAAAAGCAAAAUAAAUAUUUACCAUUGUGUCAUCAAAUUCAAUUUACAAUAUCUUCAAAAAAUGAUUCAUCAAUAUUUCCUGAACUUCAUAAACCUUAUGAAGAAUUAAGAGAAAUUCUUGAUACAUGUAUUAAAAAUAAUACUAAUGAAAAUCAAUGGCAACUUUUAUUAGAUUGGAUUGAAUUAAAACUUAAUUCUAAUUCAAUUGAAUUACAAUUAAAAGAAAUAAAAGUUAUGUUAUUAUUAAAUAUUUAUUAUGAAUAUUAUUGUAAUAAUCAACUUUCAUCUAUUAAUACAUUAUUAGAAUUUAUUGAAAAUUAUUUAGAAUUAUCAUCUGAAGAAUUACGUUUAUUUCGUAUUUUUAUAAAACCUGAAGAAUUUUUAAUUGGAUAUUCAAUAGAAAAUACUAAUAAUGUAGAUAGAAAUUUUCUUAAUGAUAUAUUCGAACUUGAUUGUACAGAUGAAUUCGAAUUAUCUUUACGACAUAUGCUUGUCAAUCUUAUUGCUAUGAUUUUAUUAGGCGGAGAACAAUCUUUUCUUUGGACAUUCACAUUUCGACCAUUGACAUUACAAAAUACAUAUGGUAAAUAA